UAAUAUGCUCGCUUGACGUCGCCUCGCCUCGCUUCGUUCCCUGUUCUAUGUAUUCUCCGCGCUUCGCGUUGGCCCUUUUUCCAUCACUGAGCCGCAUAUUCGUAAUUCUCUAAUGAAACGGGAAAAUGUACCGGAAAAUUGCGCUGGUUCGGUGACAAAAGUGCUUCGGGACAAUGUGCUAAAUAUAAGUGUGAAGUGAGUUCAAAUUGCAGUGCCAAAAGUUUUGAAUUGAACGUAAAAUUUGCCAAAAUCAUAUGGAUGGAUAUUUGUGUGUCAAAAGAUGAAGAAAUUCUGCAACAAGAUACAACAGAGAGAAUGGCGGAUCACCGUGCCGAAUAUUAAUUUUAGGAGGUCCCUGUCGUCGGAGAAGAGCCCUUCGAAACGAUCGUCCGGUUCGUAUGAUUUGCAAGAGGCGCAAUUGGAGUUCGACCAAAACAGAUCGUUGCCGAAUAGUGUGUACAUCGAUUCGGACAGCGAGAGUGAUGACGAACGUUUUGAAGAUGCAAGAACGAUGUCCGCCAACAGCAACAAAGACGACAACGAGUUGUACGCGGACGUGGUAGUCUGCAACAAGUUCGAAAGUAAAAACUUGGAGUUGGCGAACGGAAGGUUCCAAUAUGACGUGCCCAGAAUCAGCUUCAAAUUUUUUGAACGAAAAACGGACGACACAUACGAAAACGCUGAAGUUAUAGUGGAGGAAGAGCAGGAACCAGAACAGGCACUUGAUUAUGACGUGGUCAAGCCUUUGUCGAAAAGUGAAUUAAAAAUACAUCUAACACAUGCUGUCGAAUUGGAUGACAGCGAAGAUGAACGUAAAGAAGACACCCCUGAAAAAUAUGUAUCGCAAACAGAAAUCACGUUCAGAAAAAAAGAUACACAAGGAGAAGAAAAGGAAGAUACACAAGGAGAAGAAAAGGAAGAAGGACAGGAACUAGAGGGAUCUUUGUCACCCAUAAUUAAAUCUGGAAGUGAUCCGAACAUAAUAAUGCGUGAUCACGAGGAAGAGGAUGGUUUUUACAAAGUCCCUAGAAGCUUCAAGCAAUCGAACAGACUGUCCCAAUCGUUGCACGAUUUCAACCAGGACGAAAUAGAAGUACAACCGAUCACCACCGCACAUUCGAGUAUCGAACACAUAUCCUGCAGCCAAAUUAUUGUACAAGGACCGGAUCUCCCGACCAAAGAGAAUUCCAACUCGCAAACAUCAGAAUUGGAUUAUUGUAAGGUGCGGAAGAAGAUGCCGAUGAUUCUUAGACGACCGACGAUGCUGAAAAAACCAAAGAAUAUGAUGAACUCUUGGAACAACUUCAAAACGAAGUUUAACAAUUUGUUGGAGGAACAGGCGGCUCAUCAAAGAGUCGGCGCUUUCAACGACAGAGAAAAACCCGUGAUCAAUCUGGAGGAAGUUUUGAAAACAUCAAAGGACAAGUGCAAAAAGGUCUUUACAACAACCGGGAGAAUUUUCAAACACAAGAGACCGCAAGAAAUCGAUGGUAAUAGUUCGUCAUCGUUAAAUAAGAACGAAGUGUUUUUCGAUAAAGUUCACAAGGUAAAGGCGAGUGAUAUUGUUUACAAGUUCGACAAUAGUGAGACGAGUUUUUCGGAAGGUGUGAACGGGAAAUCCAAAAAUAAUCACGACGACAAAAGGGAUGAGUUAGAUUUUUCGACUGUUAAGAGUACUUUUAAGAAGAACAAGUAUGUUCCAGAGGGGCAAAAUGGUUUUGAAGAUUUGCGAAGGUACGUUAAGCAAGGCGGAGAUUUUUGCAAAGAAUUGGCCACGAUUUUACAAGAAAGAUCCGAGGCGGAAACGACGUACGCAAAAAGUCUCCAGAAACUCAGCCAUAAACUAUCACGUGCAUGCCGCGAUGGGGUUGGCGGUUUGAACGAAGCUUGGAAAUCCGUCGCACUGGAAUUGGAAGCCAGGGCGGAAUCCCAUCGCGUUUUGGGAGCAGCCCUUCUGGAGGAAGCCGCCCGACCUUUGAGGACCCUCUCCGAAAGUCAGCACAGGGCCAGAAAGCAAUCCGAAAGUGCCGUCGAAAAGUCGGGAAGACUGCUGGCGGAUUGGAGGGCCGCCGAGGCGAAGGGUAAGAAGCAAAGCCACAGUUGCGCCAGAGACAACGAGAAACUGCAAGACGCCGCUUUGGUUGAUAGUUCGAGGUAUGGCAAAAUGACAUUGUCACGAAGUACGAGUCUGAUUCAGUUGGCGCAAAUGCACAACAAAAAUUCAACGGAUAAGGAAAACGCGAAGCUGCAAGGGAAAAAACGAAAAGCUGAAGACGCUGUCAAAAAGGCGGACAUUGAAUAUUACACACUUUGUGUUAGAGCUGAAAGAGCGAGGUUGGAGUGGGAAUCUGCAGUUUCAAGGGGCAUAAAUUCUUUCCAAUCACUUGAAGAAGAAAGGUUGAACAAUCAAAAAUCUGUUCUGACAUCAUAUUUGCAUCACACUGCUGAAUUGACACCCAAAUUACUGGAGGCAACGGAAAGAUUAAAAUCGCCGGUAACAUUCGCCGAUCCUUCAAAAGACAUGAACACCUUUAUGAAUUUAAGACAAACGUCUCAACAAGUUUCCGAACAACUUCUGCCCGAUUUUUACUGUGAACACAUCACUUUGGCUAUGAACAAAGAACGAAGGAAACAAGCUCUGAUAAAAUUGUUGCAUUUGAUCCGACAAGACAUUGAACGAGAAAGGAAAUCUAAGAAUGGGUUGGAAAAUCUUUCCAAGGCCAUAAAACAGACACCAAAUUUCGGUGCGGAAGAUUCACAACAAAGUGUCACAGAAAAACUCUAUCAUAUGAAAUCGAUGUUGACAUAUCUAGAAGGAGCCAGAUAUAAAGUGCAAAGUGCGUUAGCGGAAUUAGACAGUAGAAGAAGGGGCGAACAUCCGCUUGCAGCUCACAUUACAGUAACCAGAGACAAAUCAGGACUUCAACAAAGCAUCCUUAAGGUUCCCCAAUGGUUGAGGGAAGAAUAUUUCGAAUCGGACAAAAGUCCGGUGAGUGAGAAAUCAGCGAAAUCGGGUCAAUCCGACAAUUCGGACCCGCACAUCAACGACGUCGACGAUCCGGAAUGGCCUGACAGAGGGGCUGCCGACGGCAACUCCAACCAACCGGACUCAGACUUCGACGAAUUUUCAUCGCACUGCAGCAGCACAGUGGACGAAAAGGUUCCGAACGAUGAAAACUUGACGCCGAUUGCGAAGUGCAAAGCCCUCUAUCCCUACAAACCUAAUUUAACAGAUGAAUUAACACUGACCCCAGGAGACGUUCUUGCGGUGUACCGACAACAGGACGAUGGUUGGUGGUUGGGAGAGUGCAAUGGGAGCGUUGGAAUCUUUCCCGCCACUUAUGUAGAGAUCAUACCUAAUUCUUGAAGACUGUUAUAUAAAUUUAAAUGAGUUUAAAAUAUUCGUAAAUUUUGUUUCAACUUUUUUACACUAAAACAUGUAAAUGUAACGGUUAAAACUAGCGAUGUAAGAAUUAAUCUUUGUUGCUUAGUAAUUGAUAUUUUCUUCUUCUUUUUAAUUUGGGCUUAAUAGGAACGAUAAUCCUGUUUUCACUAGAUAUUGAUUAAUUGUGUAUAUUGUUGUAAUAUUUUGGUAACUGCUGUGGUAAUAACUUUGUACAAAGGCGUUGAUUUCUAUUUAUUAUCAAUUUUUUGUAUUAAUGUUUUAAUACAGGUUUAAAAUGUUGUAUAAUAUUUUUAAUGUUAGUGAAAAAUAAAGUAUUUUACUACA